AAAUCUGAAAUAACCGUUAAGUUUACAACUGAGUGAUAGCUUAGUGAGAGAGUUUCAUUCAUAUUUGAAAUCUCAUCGAAUUCACAUCGAAAAGUAUUUUUGAUUAAAAAGUGUGUUAAUUAAUUAUUAUUUUGAAAGCUAAUUGUCAUAUUUAUCUUAUAAAAACCUUAAAGAUGGCAAUGACUACACGUUUCCGUACAAAGAAUAGAGAAGAAAAUAACGAUCCCGCCAAUAAGUUAAAAUUACUCGAUUCUAAGUUAAGUACACAAAAAUCCGAGUCUGGAUUAUUGCUAGAUGAGAAACGAAAGGCAUUUGGUGAUAUUCAUAAUCGUAGAGAAAUUGUAGCCAUUGAUUCCAAGAAAUUGGGUGUUGAGAAGGAUAUCAAGAAGGGAAUUACUGGAGUAUUUAAGGAUGUUAAGCCUCGUGUUGACACUCGCUGGAAAAAAGCGGAACCCACGUUGGUCCAACAAAAGCCGAAAACUACAGUCAUUGCCCCAGCAGCAGCUAUAUCACGUCCACUUUCUCGACAAAACUCGAUCAAAACCAAUGAUGUUAGGAAGGAAAAGAGUACAAAGACUAUCACAGAAUCCAUUACAAUGCAAUUAAAGCAGACUACUACAUUAACAUCACGCAUUGAUUUUAAGAAAUCCCAGAAACCAAACGAAGUUCAAUUUAUUCGUUCACCGCAAUCUAUUAAAAAGAAGGAGAAGCAAGUUAGUGCCAGUGGAUUUAAGUUCUUUGAAAGUCAUUCAACACACUUACUUUCUCAGGUUGACAAUAUUGAUGAAAAUGACAGCAGCAAUCCACAAUUGUUGUCCGAAUACGUAAAUGAUAUUUACGCAUAUAUGAUGAAACUAGAAAAUAUCUUCCCGAUUCGUUCCAAUUUCUUGGAAAGUCAAAUGGAUGUAACACCAAAAAUGCGAUCAGUUCUAUUGGAUUGGAUUAAUGAGGUACAUCAUCAAUUUAAUUUGGAAAAUGAGACAUUCCAUAUGGCUGUAUCGAUGAUUGAUCGUUACCUACAAGCUGUCCACAGCACUCCAAGAAAAUAUCUUCAACUCGUUGGUGUCACUGCUCUUUUUAUGGCUUCAAAAUAUGAAGAAUUAAUGCCACCAGAAAUCGGUGAUUUUGUCUACGUUACUGACGAUACUUAUAGCAAGGAACAAAUUCUUCAUAUGGAAACAAAAAUGUUCAAAGCUCUUGACUUUCAAUUGUGCAAACCCCUUCCAAUUCACUUCCUCCGACGAUAUGCAAAAGCUGCAGGAUCAUUAGCUGAUCGUCAAUACAUAGCUGCUAAAUAUUUCAUUGAAUUAGCCUGCAUUGACUACGAACUUGCAAAGUGCAAACCUUCUGAAAUUGCUGCUGCAUCAUUAUACCUAUCUUUGUACAUUAUGAAUGGAAUGAAGAACGAUAAAGACUUAUGGACACCAACAUUGCAAUUCUACUCAACUUAUACACUUAAUUCGAUAAUGCCAAUUGUAAAGCGCUUAGCAAUGAUUGUAUCUUCAGCACAGGAAGCAAAACUUAGAUCAAUUUACAACAAAUAUGGAAAUGCUCAUUUCAAAUUCACAUCUACAAUUCCUGAAAUGACUGGCAAUAAGAUACAAAAUUUGAUUCGAAUGUUCCUAAUUUUUUAAUUAAGAAGAUAUAUACAAUCUAUUUUAUAAUGAAAAAAAAAUGUUUGAACCUCAUAUAUAGUAUGUAAUUUAUUUCAUAUAAUUUUUUACCAAGACUUGCUUUUAUACUAAAACAAAAAAGUAAAAAGAAUAUCUAGCUAGUUUAAUUAAGGUUUCUUUGGGCAAAAAUAAAGCAAUUAUUACUUGGAUAUAAAUCUUUACAUUCACAAAAAUUUAACGAAAGCUCAUUUAACGACCUUUUUGAAGACUUCAAGUUUAUAGUGACAAUCAAGUUUACAAAAAUGAGCUUUAAAGGAACAAAUAAGUAAAGAUUACACUAUGCAUGUAGAUUUAUGAUUAUUUUAUGUACUUUGUGUUAAUUACCAAUUAACUAGAAAUUUGUCUCAAUAAAACAAGAUUAAAAGUUAAUUGUAUUAUAGUAAUCCCUUCCACGUUUUAUUCUAUCCUUUAAAUUGAAUAUCAAUUGAGGCUGCUUACUUAAGACUCCUCAAAAUUGUCAAUGUCGUACUUAAACUUUCAUGCUGUAAUUAACAAAAUUAGGCUAUGAAGUAAAACAGCUUCCUUAAAUCUCGACCAAGUUUGAUAGACGCAUUUUUUAAUUCCUUUUAAUAUCGUUUUUUUCUCAUCUUUAUUUUUCUCAGUAAUUAUACUUUAAAUUGACAUUCAUAUUCGAUUAUUACAAAACUAAUGAACAUUUACGGGAAAAAAUAAUGAAACUUUGGAUCACUAAAGAAUAAUGCAAGGCAGAAAAAAAUAAUGACAAUUACAUGACUAAAAUAAAAUUACAAUUAUUUAAGAUCCGAUUGCUAAAAAAGCUAAAACUAAUAAUAAAAAAAUAUUAUAAAAACUGAACGUAAGUAGUUAAGAAUCUAAAAACACAAGUUCAUGUUGAUUCAUCUGUGCUGUAUACAAAUUACUAAUAUUCACUGUUUGGUUCGGUUCCAAAAUAUCGAUCCCCGAAAUUCCCAAUACCAGGAAUAACAUAAAAUUUAUCAUUAAUCUCCGGAUCAACGGCUGAGGUAACAAUUU